AAAGCAUUAUCUCUUCUUUUUCUGUUGAUUUGCUUGACAAUCAAGUCUUCUUACUCUUUGUUGUGAUCAAUUGUUGAAUGAGAAGAGAAGCUAAGCAACAAUGGCUGGAGAAAUCAUAGAUAUUGACCUGGAAGGGGAUUCAGAUGGCAGCGAGAAUGGGGGUCCUACUAAUGGUAAAGGGGUUGAUGGUGAGGUUUGUGAGGAGGAAGACCAAAAGGAGAGUGUAGUUGAGGAUUAUUAUGAAUCUAGACAAGAUUUUACUACAAAAGGUGUUUGGUUAGAGAAGGAAGAUGAAAUUGGUGUCGAGAAGGAAUGUGCAAGUGCAUCCAAAAGUCAUAAUGUGGUUGAUGACCAUAAUGAUGAUCUUAAUGGGGACAAAGAGGCAGAAGGUGAUGAAAGGCAUGAUGAUCCUGUUAUGGAUAUCCUUGAGUUAAUAGAUAAUGAAGAUGAAGAGGCUAUGGAGGCCAAAAGGAAGGUCAAGUCUUUUUGUUAUAAUUUGCAAGGGAUAAUGUACGACCUAGUUUCUAUCAUGAUAGUGGUAUAUGUGAAUGCAACAGGUCCUAGUACCCAUCCUGCAACAGUCCAUGAUGAUGGUGAUGAAAUUCAAAGUGAUAUAGAAUAUAGUUACAUUUCUAUUGAUGAGGAUGAUGGAAGUGAUGUUGAUCAUGCUUCGAGGACAAGAGCUACACACGCAAUUUACGAAGAAGUUGAAGAUGCUCUUCUAGAUAUAAGGUUGGGGAUGAUUUUUGUGAGCAAGGCACAAUUUAAAGCCAUUGUUGAUUGAUGCAACAUGAUGCAAAGGAGGGAUAUUAAAUGGAAGAAGAUUGACAGUAAACGGAUUAGGGCUGU